AUGCUUGAGCGAGAAGCUUGCGUCAUCGUACGACGAUUAGGUUCAUAUCCCCCUCACUUCGUGUAUUCGUCAACCCCUCCUCGUGCUCCUGCACAGGACGGCACAGGAGCCUCGCCAUUUCACUCAACGAGGUCGUCUCCCGUCUCGAGUACUUCGACUGUCGGCGACGGUGAGACAUCCCCGGUGCUCCCACCGCUUCCAGCUCCAAAGCUACCGGGAAAGGCUUCCGAAUAUCUUCGGACGCCACCCUCUAGUCGUAGUAACGAAGGCGACAGGCCGUACGUCACAACCAGCUGGGGUUCACCGUACCCAGACGCCGAAAGUAACCAGUUUCGCCGACUGAGUUUUAGCAGCGAAACUUCGGAAGAAUCUCCAUUGCAUCAGCUUGAGAUUAACACUCCUUUCUUACGCCCUGCUCCGUUAAUCGCAACAACCGGACCGGAACACCAUUCGUCUUCCCUCUCCGGUAGCGCCGCUGUACUUGUAAAUCGUGUCCGGCGCCCCCUUCGUGGCAUUACAGAAGAUUGGAUCCGUCAGCAUACUACCGACGAUUUAAGCUCUGAGCACCGCAACUGGCUCAGCGACGGAACCGACGAUAGCGAGCACUCUUCACUGAGGGGCUCUACUUCAGGCGACGACGCGAGUUGGUUUGAGGAGGCUGAUCCGAGAACACCGCGAGCUACUGUUGCUAAUACUCUUCAUCCAUCACGAGCCUCUAGCCUAGCGUCCCGGCACCAUCCGAGGAAGCGUUCUAGUAACGAAACUCUGAAACAAGCGGUUCUUAACCGACGCGUCGCAAGCAAAGUCGCGAUUAUGGACGCGCUUGAUGUGGAAAGAGGCGGCCAAGAUGCUGCUAGCAUCCAUACCCUAGAUUCUCGAGCAGAUACUCCUAGGAGUGAUCAACCGAGUACGAACGGAUCGAUCGCCGUUGCGCCCGUCGAACCCCCAGCUACCCCGGCAAAGGCGACCAAGCCAGUUGCCGGGCAUACGCCCCGACCGAAGAAGAAAGUGCCGUGGAAAGGAAAGAAUAUCCUUGUUUGCCUGCCGUGGGAUGAAGAGCGAGGUCAACCUGGCAUGGCGCCGGUUCCUCUACGUGAAGCAGAAGUGAAGGCAAUGUUGCGAUCAUGGGAACAGCUAGGUUAUAAUAUCCGGGGAUUCGAUUUGGAAGGAAUCCAUGUUCCUUCAGACCCGCUCGAUAAUUACUCUCAGAGCAGAGGUCAAUGGCCAGAUGAAGGCGAUAUGACUAGUGAACGUUCCGAGCACAAAUAUCAGGUCACGCUUCCGGACCUGAAUGCGUGGAAGAAUUAUGUCAACGAGCUGAACGAGGCUAAGCUUAGGGCGCUUGGUGUGUCUUUCGGCGAUGACGAGCCUGCACCUCCCCCGUCUAUUUCUCCGGCUGCGUCAAACAUGAGCCGACAGAAUUCGAAUCAUUAUCCUCCAUUGCCAUUUUCGCCUCCUAUACCAACCUCUUCAGCCAAUAGCAAUGGGCAACAGCCGUUUCCUUUUCACCCUCCGUUCUUGUCUGGUUCAUCUACACAGAGCCCUGCUAUACCUUCGGCUGCUUCCCCUGCGUCUUUCAAUGGUCAAUCAUUACCUGGGAAAUUCAACCCUCGUGCGUCUAUUUCCAUCUCACCAAGCGAGCUUCCUUUCCAUUUCUCUGGGCCAACUUCGCCUCAUGCCUGGUCCCCGCAAAUGUUACUGCAGCAACAGCUUGGUCGAAAUGGUUCGCCUUCCGUUCUUAACCUGAACUCUCUGGUCUCGCCGAAUUCCCCCUUUCAACGUGAUGGUGCGUCUCCUCCAAUUGGUGUGCACCAGAGACACCAAUCUUUGCAAUAUCCCAUUUUGCCCCAUCAGUACUUGCAUAGACAGGACUCUGCUAGACCAUCUCCCCGGUUGCAAGAGUUGCGUGAAGUUGAAGAAGAGACCCAGAGCAAUCCGUAUGAGGAAGACAAAAGUCCGUCGAAAACUCCGGAGCCUAGUCACUUCAUCCGCCACAACGCUAGCGCUAGUCUCCAGAAAGAGAUUGACGACGCUGAGUACCACUUGGAAGAGCAAUUCCGGUCCCAGUUAGAACACAAAGAUUAUAGCCCGCAUGACGAGGACGAGAAGAUGGAAAGGGACGGCCCUGUAGAAGAGGUCGAAGUCUCUUCUACCUCGCAUACUCGAGGACCUUCUGUACACUUUGGCAACUUUGGAAAUGACUCUGAUGAAGGACCGAAGCUUCAUCACCCGCAACCUCAUACCCGUGGUCACUCGCUUUCUCAGACGCCGUAUUUCGACGAGGAGGUGCGGGCCAGUACUGAUGAAGGGAGCUUCCGGAAACAUAGGCCAGCUAAGCUUGAUCUGCAGAACGGUGACAAUUCCUACGAGAUCGAGACAAACCCAAGUAAUUUGGGUACCCCUAUUCAAUCCUUUGACCUGGUCAAUCAAUUGCAUCAACACUCUUUCUCGGCUGCCAACAAUCCUUGGGCAGAUGUUCCACGGGCCUCUGAAAGCAAGGCAUCUUCGCGACGUACAAGUCAUGCCAGCAAAUCUUCGCUUUCGAAGUUAAACGCUGGCGCAGCUGAGUUCAAGUUUAAUCCUACAAGCAGCUUCACUCCUAGCCAAUUCGUUUUUGGUGGCAAUCAGAAUGCCCAGCCAGCCCCAUUCCAGCUUCCAUCAUUUACACCGAAUCCUCAGUCGACGACCUCGAGCCAUUUCAGUGUGCCUUCGACAUCAUCGUCAUCUAAGCUCAAGAUAAAUGCCUCGGCGCCAGCAUUCUCUCCCCGUAAGGGUGAAUUCAGUUUCUCUGCAUCUGGUCCGAAAUUCAACCCAGAUGCUCCCGCUUUCCAGCCACUGAAAUCCUUCUCUUCGUCGGUGACUAGUGCGGGAGCUUCUGGCAACGAAGCAAGUGAAAUCCGCCCAACUGGCAUUUUCGGCAACAUUGAUCUGAAACUUUCUGAGGCCACCAAACCGACGAAGAAGUCAAAGGCCAUUCCUAUCGUUCGUCCAGCUAGUCAACACUCUUCUACCCCUGCCCCAACUACGACUAAGGAACAAGAAAGUCAGCCGGCAGAUACCAAUCCGACAAAAAAGAAGUUUAGGGAGAACAAUGACGAUGGCGAUGACGUGCCCCUGUUUGCUGAACCCACGCCUGAGCCCGAGGCUGUACCCCACGCACAGCCCAGUCCCGCUGUUCAAGAGACUGAAGCAUCUGAAAAUGGAGAUAGCCUUGAAGAGGAGAACCUCCCUAGUCAGGCUAAGGCCGACGAUGAUGAGAAUAUGCAUGUAGGUGACACGACAUUUGCAUCGACUAUCCUCUCGGAAUCUACGGACGGGAAGUUACAGUCCGAGUCAAAUGAUACGAAGACGACUACUAGCCCAUCGGCGACUUCUCCUGACCAAGAUAAGGGCAGCUGGAAGCCUUUUGAAUUCAAUAAUGAGACCGAUAUUCAGGAUUUCAACAAUGCUAGACCGUUUGGAGAUGAAGAGCCCUUGUUCAAGAAGCAGCAUAAGAAGAGCCUUUCCGCAACAGCCAAACCUUUCGUUCCUGGAGCCUUCAUGUUCGGCACGAGCAAUGCUGCUUCGUUUGACCCUGUUCUGAAGAGCGAACCAGUGCAAAUCCCCGAACCGGAAGAUGAAUUCGAGGAUGACCGUGCUGGAUCUCCCACUCCUGGACCAGACUUUACGUCUGCCGCCGCUGAGGCUAAUAAAGAACCCGAGUCGAUGCCUGAGCCACAGGCUGUACCUGUACAACGCGAUCCUGUUCCGUUUGCAGUGGGUCUUGGAUCGUCACGCUUUGCGUCACCUCCACCUGCUCCGAAGGGCUUGAACGCGUCGAGGUUUGCGGCUACCCCUUCACCACCGCCGAAAUCCGCUGGCCUCUCUGCUUCUCGAUAUGCUGCCACACCAUCACCAGUUUCUGAUGAUAAAGCUCCGGAAUCCCCCUCGGAGAAUAGCGCCGAGCAAGCCAGUGAGGUAUCAGAGUUACACAGCUUCGAACCUUUGCCCGUCAGCCCGCCAUCGGAUGCUGGUGUUCAGCCUAGAGAUGAGGCUACUCAUGAACUCACAUUCGAGGAGAUCGAUGCGGUUAUGCAGCACCUCAAUCAGAAAGACCCCACUAUGGGAGUUAAUAGGGCUCUGGAGUCUCCGAAAUGUCAGCAACCUAGUCCUGAGCAUAGCGUCCCUACUGCUGCCGUUACAAAAUCGCCACCUGUGCAACUACCAGCCCAUGUUCCGUUCCGCAGCGAUGCCCCGAGCCCAAGUCCCCGUCACUAUCUCGCAUUGCCCAAACAAACAGCCACCCCAAGACCGUCGACAGAGCUGGAAGAUCCCUUUGUCGACCCUCCACAGAGCGCUUUAUCGCAAACAUUCGAUGGCUUAGUCCACCGACUCAAUGUUGGAGACAGCCUUCCGGAAAGCGACUGGGACGAUGUCUUCAGUGCCAGCGAACAGGAGAAACUCGAACAACGUGUCCAGUAUUUCGAUGGCCAUGUCAACGACUUGGUUGGUAGUCUCUUGGCUUCUCGGCUUGAUCCCCUGGAGAAGACACUCGGUAAUAUCCACCACGUUUUGGGUAGUCUAGCUCGCAGACCACCUUCAAGUCGACGCGAUGUGCGUAGUGUUUCUGCCGAAAUCCAAGAAAGUGAUGCAGAUGAUGAGGAUGAUGAGGGAGAGGCACCGCUCCGUCGGUCAAUGAGCCCCAGAAGAGACAAGAAACUGGAACAGAUCCGGAUCGCUGUAAUGGAUGCUCUCAACCAACAACAGGCUACGCGUGCUCUCCAAGCCGCUCAACUCGAAUCUAUUGAACAAAGUAGUGGCAAGGAGGAUAUGGCUAUCUUGAAGGCAAUGGAGCAAAUGAAGGAGGAGCUCAGUGCAACGUUGCGACUUGACUUUCGUGGCGAAGAUCUCCAGAACAUUGUUGAAAAGGCAGUUGAGCGCCGCAUGCCGCCAACUCCUCAGCCGCUGAUCCAGAACGACGAGGAAGCGAACAACAAGCUUUCUGAGAUGCAGUCAAAGAUGCUGCAGCUCGAGCAACGACUCCGUGCUGAAGAAACCCGAGCUGAGAACGAGCGCUCAAGGGUUCUUGAGCUGGAGCAACGGCUCCGGGAUGAGGAAGCCAGAGGCGAGAACGAGAUAACGGUUCGACGCAAUGCCGAAGAUCGUGCUGCUGAGCUGCGGCGACAACUUGAGCAAGCGGAGACGAAGGUUGAAGUUGAGAUCAUGAACCGUAGCAUUUUUGACCAGAGGAUCCAUGAUCUUGAGGAUCGACUCAAGCUCCAGGAGGACAAGACCGAGACGGAGAUUUCCGGUCGCAGACAUGCAGAAGAUAGGUUGUCUGAAAUCCAGAGACUUCUCCGGAUCUCUUCCGAGGAGGAAGACCGUCUUCGAGCUGUCAUUGAAGAACGUGACCAAAAGAUCAGAAGCGUUGAGCAAGCAUCUGGCAAGACCUCCAUGCGUCUGGCCCUUCUUGAAGCUGCCCAUGCGAACGCGGAACAGACUCAAGUAGAACUCAAGAACCGUCUCAAUAUCGCGGAAGUUGAACUCCGCGAUGCCAGACAGGAAGCCCGACACUGGCGUUCUGAGGCCGAACAUGCGAGGGAAUCGGCCCACCGACAAGCUGAUGACCUUAUUCAAGCUGUCAAUGAAAGCAAGCAUCUUCACAAGCUUAUUGACACUCUUGGCGUCCAACUCGAAGAAAACGAACGAAUCCGGGAUAACUGGCGUGCUAAGUUCGUGUCUCUGCAGGAUGACAUGGCUCAUGCUGCUCGCGAGAUCACAGAAGAGAACGCUCGACGCACAAAGAAGGAACAAGCUCUUCUCGCACGCCAAGAAGUGCUCGAUGCUAGACUUCAGGCCGAAGCACGGACUCGUGAACGUCUCGAAGCUGAAAUUGAGCGGUUGGAGAAUGGAGAGCGCGCGGGCCUGCGAGCUGUUGGCGAAUGCAGGCGACUCGAGUCUCUACUAUCCGAACUCCGAGAUAAAAAUCACGAUUUACAACAAAACGCUCUCCGUUACCAACGAGAGAUACAGGAGGCAAGACACUCGGCCGCCGACGAAGUCCAACGCACACAAACGUCUGUGCAAUCGGAACUAGAGGCUGCCAAUAAUCAAGUUAACGUCGUGCGCGAAGAACUCGAGGAAGAGAUCAACAAGCUCAGGGCUCAAUUGGAUCAGGUGAAGAUGGAUGCCGAUACUGCAAGGGCGCACCACGAGAUGAUGCUCGAGGAAGCCCAAACUACGAAGCAGACCGAGCUCGAAGAAGCCGAGAACAAGAGAUGUAUUGAGCUAAACGAGUUGACGCGCAAGCACCAGAAUGAGGUCGAAGACCUUCAGGCUCGGUAUGAACGACAGAUCAACAACGUCACCGAGGAUGCACAGCGCACAGAGCAGAACCUCUUGGAGCGGCUCAGCCUGUCAACAUCUAAGACGGAACAUCUACAGGAUCGCGUUGCUCAUUUGGAGGAUAAGGUGCAGAUCGCGCAAGAAGCCGCCAAGGCCGCAGCGCAAGCAGCUUCGCAAGCUUCCAAGUCCGUCAUCGUGUCCACGACGCCGUAUCAGCCAACUCCUGUUGCUCAAACGAAGCAACUCGCAGAGGCUAUGCAGCUCCCUGAGAAGGUAUCCCCGCAAGCCCUCCGCGAGUCUAUCAUGGUCCUACAGGAGCAAUUGCAGGCUCGUGAGCAACGGAUUGAGGAGCUCGAGCAAACUGUCUCCAAGCUUGACCCUGACUCCGCUACUAAGAUUUCCAAGCGAGACGAUGAAAUUACUUGGUUACGCGAGCUCCUGGCCGUAAGACACGGUGAUCUCCAGGAUAUCAUCACCGCGCUAUCGAUGGAGCGCCUAGACAGAGAGGCGGUUAAGGAUGCGGCUAUCCGUCUGAAGGCCAACCUUCAAAUGGAGGAGCAGGAGCGAGAGCGUGCGAUGAAUGGUGGCUCGGCCAUCAAUUUGCCGAACAUCGCCGCGACGAUCCGAGGGGCUGCAACCCCCCGAGUCGCACAAGCAGUUGGGCCUCUCGCUGCCGCUUGGGGUAGUUGGCGAAAGUCGAACCAACCUACGCUUACCAGUCUCUCCAGCGUUUUAUCAUCGUCGCCUGCGCAGACCAGGAACUCGACCCCGUCGAAGACGAGCGCCUCUUCUCAGAGUGGCUAUCUCUCCGGCCUUAUGACUCCACCGGCGUCUGGAGUUAGAAAUACACCGCCAGUGCAGCCAAGCCAACCGCAACCUACCGCGUUCGGCAAUACCGGCCGUCGUUAUACUGCUGAGCAGUUUGCCAAUCGAUCUCGAGACGCUUCGAUGACUUCCCGACAAGCGGAGAAGAUGCCUUCCGCAAGCACCCCGCCCCGACAGCAAGAACGCCGGCAGCCCGUCACUCCCCCCAUGAUGCGAUCCGGCGCAUACGACUCUGACGCGCGCGUCGAGGAUUUUGACGACGCCUCCUUUUUCGACGAUUGAGGAGGGAAUUUUGUGGGACAUUACGACUUGACUAGGAGCAAGCUACUUCUACGUCUUUUACUUUCUUUGGGUGGCAAUAUUACAUUUGUCACGGAAAUUGGCAAGGCAUUUG